AUGCAUACUCCAUCUACGCACGCGGGGGAACGGCUUGCCAUCGCUGAGCACACCGUGUUCCUGUGGACCCGCUCCAUCGGCGCCGACUCCGGCAUCUGGGACGCGGACGCGAGCUACAGCAACACCGCGGUCGAUGAUGUGCUGCUCCUGGCGGAGGAGGACCCCUUCCCGCUCCCCGAGGCCUCGUCCGCGCGCGUCGCCGUCGACGGUCUCGCGCUGGCGGCUGUCAUGCGGGUCCUCUCCGCGACGGCGAUGGCUGCGGCCAGCGCGCGUGCUUCCCCCUGCUCCGCGGCAGCUCCGCCGCGCACGAGCUCGGCCCCCGCGCGCACUCCGCCGCUGCAAGAUAGCUCCGCAGGCCGCGCGCACGCUCCGCCGCUGCAAGCGAGCUCCGCCCGCCGCGCGCACGCUCCGCAGCCGCAAGCGAGCUCCGCUGUCGGUGGGGCCGGGCCAAGGCAGAAGGUCAACCUCCCGCCGAUGCGGGCGCGAGCUCCGCCACCGCCGCGAGCCGGACAAGGCGAGGCGAAGCCGGGCGGCGCGGCCGCCGCUGCCACCAUGGGCCGCCGCCAUCGCAACCCGCCCUUCCCACCGCCGCAGGCGUAA